AUGCAUACGACCUUCGCAUUCCUGGUUAAGCAACCGCACCUUUCUACCCAAGAAUUCAUCACGUACUAUGAAACCAAACACAUUCCGAUGAUCAACCGUCUCGCCGGCCCAGAGAACCAACCCUUGGUGUAUAAGAGACGCUACACCCACCGCGACGACCCGGCGUUCGUGUUUGUGACGGCCAGCGUCGAUGCAAGCGGUGCACCCGUGUCGACCACCACCGGGUCCCAUGGUGACGACGGGGCGACGGCACAUGGAUCGAAAGUGGAAGCGCAUCCGGGAAAUAUUGACUUCGACGUGAUGACUGAGAUCGGCUUUGCGGACAAAGAAGGAAAGGCGAGAUGGUUGGCGGCUUUGUACCAGGGCGAGAAUGCUAAGUUGGUCAUGGAGGACGAGGCGAGGUUUAUUUGGAGGGAGCGCACGCGAGCUGUCGUCGUGGAGGAGUUUGUGAGUUUUGGAUGA